AAGCAAUUGGCACAAAUUGUAUUCGUAGAUUUUUUAGUGCGAUGAGGACUAGAUAGUAAACUUGUGAUCUCAACAAUUUUCCGAUUCCCACAGAAAUGGCUUCCUUCUCCUCUUCGUCGCAGUACGAUCCUCUGCCGUUGAAAGACGGAGAGUCCAGAAACUGGGCGGAGCUUCCGCCGGAACUAACAUCUUCGAUUCUUCUCCAUCUCAGCACGAUUGAGAUACUGAGAAACGCUCAAAUUGUAUGCAGAUCGUGGCGACGCGUCUGCAAAGACCCAUCCAUGUGGCGCAAAAUCGACAUGAGAAACAACGGAAUCUUUGGUUACGACUACGACAGUCCGUCACGCCGUUGAUCUCAGCGAAGGUGGUUUAGUCGAAAUCAACAUGGUACACUUCGGCAACGAUUCUCUCUACUCCUACAUCGCCCAAAGAUCAAGUAAUCUGAGAUGCCUUAGGCUUGCAAUGUGCUAUCCACUAACUGGCAAUGGAUUUGUCAGUGCAGUCAUGAAGCUCUCAUUCCUUGAGGAACUCGAUAUUUCACAGGGCUAUACACAACUGGAUUUGAAAGCUAUAGGCCACUCUUGCCCACUACUGAAGACAUUCAAGCUAAACCGUCCUUCUUUCAGCCGGUUCGUUAAAUAUGAUGCAUAAGGGUUCCCUUUUUCUAGACAUUUCAAGUAGAAAGAGAAAUGAACAGAGUUGGAGGAAGACAUGUAGAUGAAGUGUGGACUUUUGUCUAGACGCACUCGGGUUAGCGUUUCGUCAGACAAAACUGCUAAUUUCCCAUCGUGCCCAACUUUAAUCCAAUUUUUCAAAUCGUCUAUUCUUUGUUCUGAAACGUAGCUAACUAUUAGAGCAAGUAUUGGCUCUAGAAUAUAUAACCUGCAAUUCUUCAUAUUUUGCUAAAAGGGACGAUGAUAAGUUAGAGGAAUGAUAAAUAUUUGGAACAAUUCAAGGAAACUUAUUUGUUUAGGUGCGAACUGAAACAUGUCUGCAGAGUGUCCACGAUUUGGUAUGACAAUGAUGGCACGGGAAUGUGGAUGGAUGCUUGACUGAGUAGGAAGAUUAGGAUCGACGUUGAUAGGGGGCUGUUUUAUGUAAAGGUUUGUAUUGAGCAAAACGGUUUACAAAAGUGAGUAAUAAAAUGGAAGUUUC